CACGACACAACAUCCCUCACCUGAUUGCACCAAUACAGAGAUACCCAAAGGCACAUCAACAAAAGUCAUCUUUCACCAUGGCAGUUUCGGAUGUACCAGAGUCAAAAUGCGAUGUUCUAAUUAUCGGUGCUGGUCCAGCAGGUAUGAUGCUUGCUACCUGGAUGGCAAGAUGUGGCAUCAAUGCUCGCAUAGUCGACAAGCGAGGCACCAAGAUUUACUCUGGACAGGCAGAUGGGCUGCAGCUGCGUAGUCUGGAAAUCUUUGAUAGUUUUGGUUUCGCCGACAGAGCGUGGAAGGAGGCCAACCAUUUGAUAGAGUUUUGUAUGUGGAACCCUGGCGAAGACGGUGUCAUACGUCGUUCCGACCAAGUCCCAGAUGUCGUUCCUGGAGUCUCCCGAUUCAAGGAGAUUGUCCUCCACCAGGGUCGUAUCGAACGAUUUUUCCUAGAUCACAUCAAGAAACAUUCAAAAGAUACCCUAUGUGUAGAGCGUGGAGUACUUCCUGAAUCGCUCCAUAUCGACCAAGACCAAGUAAAUGAUCACUCACCGGACAACUACCCCAUCACGGUGCAGCUGCGGUAUCUGACUGAAGAGGAGGCCAUGCCCGCUCAGAGCAAGGGCUCCAACAUCAAUGACGGCCUGUUCCGGAGCAACCUGGCAGAGGAUGAUACCCAAGAUUUAAUCGCAAACAGCAGACGGAAAGAUGGUAGCACGGAGACUGUGAGGGCAAAAUACGUUGUAGGGUGUGACGGCGCACACAGUUGGACCCGAAAGCAGCUGGGCUUCGAGCUUGAAGGAGAGCCGACAGAUCAUAUCUGGGGCGUACUCGAUAUCAUUCCCAUCACAGACUUUCCCGAUGUUCGAAAACGCUGCGCCAUACACAGCGCAUCUUCAGGCUCAAUGAUGAUCAUUCCACGGGAGAAAAAACUUACCAGACUGUACAUCCAGCUCACGGAGAUCAAACCAGAUGCCAGUGGACGGGCAGACAGGUCAAAAAUAACACCCGAUACCAUCAUCAAAGCGGCACAAAGAAUCAUUGCGCCCUACAAGUUGACAUAUGAAUACUGCGACUGGUGGACCGCAUACCAAAUUGGCCAACGAGUGGGCAAGAGCUUUGAUCGUGACAGCCGCAUUUUCCUGGCCGGCGAUGCUGUUCACACGCAUUCCCCAAAGGCUGGACAGGGUAUGAACGUAUCCAUGCAAGACGCCUACAAUCUGGGCUGGAAAUUGGGACUGGUAGUCAAAGGCGUGGCUCAACCAAGUAUACUCAAAACAUACCAGUCUGAGCGGAGACGAAUUGCCCAGGAUCUCAUCGCAUUUGACCACAAGUUUUCGAGACUCUUCUCUGGCCGACCGGCUAAGGAUGUUAUGGAUCAGGAGGGUGUAAGCAUGGACGAGUUCAAGCAGGCAUUCCUGAAGGGCGGUCUAUUCGCCUCUGGCCUUUCGGUCGAUUAUGGUACGAGCAUGUUAGUAGGCAAACCAGGCAACGCCGCGGAACAGGGCGAUGGAACAGAUGUAUCGUCCAAGACGCAGGCCAUUGGCAAACAAGAACUCGCCUCGGAGACGAAGAUAGGUAUGCGUUUCCCGAGCCACCAGGUCCUCAACCAGUCAGACGGUCGGGCAUGGGAGUUUCAGCAAAAGUUAAAGAGCGAUGGACGAUUCCGCAUCAUCGUUUUUGCCGGCAAUGUCGUCAACCAAGAGCAGAGUACUCGCCUCAAGGGCUUCUGCCAGCGCCUCUCAUCAUCACCCCUCCUGGCUCCGCGGCUCAUCAAGGACAUUGAUGUGCUCACCCUGCACUCAUCCAAGCGCCUCGACGUCGAGCUGCUAAGAGACUUCCCCGAUGUUCUGCAUCCCUUUGAUCCCAAGACUGGAUGGGACUAUGACUCGGUGUACGUGGAUGAUGGCAACUACUACGAAGCGUUUGCAGAUGCAUACAAGAAAUACGGCGUGAAUAGAGAAAAGGGAUGUGUCGUAGUCGCUAGACCAGACCAGUACGUAGGAUACAUUGACACGCUCGACGAAGCGGGCUUCGAGGGGGUGGAAGCAUAUUUUGCAGGAAUUCUCAGGACAUAGACAGAAGCAAAUCUAGAUUUCUGCACGUUAAUGCACACUGUCUCUCAACAGCGC